UCUAGGGUUUGAUAGAAGAGAAAGAUAGGUUAAGGGUUAGGAGAGGAGAGGAGAGGAUGGCAAAGUUCAAUGUGGUGCAGAAGCGAAGGAGAGCUCUAAUAGCUGAGAAGAAGAGACAGAAUCACGGAGAACCUUUCACCGGCAAGCUCAAGCUCAAGAAACAACCCCUUCCCCUAUCCGGCAAACGCAAGCGCAAACUCUUCAAAAUAUGGCGUCGGGAGAAAAAGGACGCCUUACAGAAUGGCUUGGUAACCAUGGAAGACGUGCAAAUGACUGUUGCUGAAGGGGAAACCAAAGAUAGCCGUAGAUCUUCAGGAAAAAUUCACUUGAAGAAGAGCUUGAAACUUAAACAGCUGAAGCGCAAGGGAAAGAACAAUAGAAAACCAGAUGUGCCCGGUCCCGGUGCUGAUAUUUUGGCUGAUGCUAUGGUGGAAUAAAUAUGUCAAGUUUUAGUAUUCUACGCACUUGAUCCUUGUAUUGUCCGGUGGAGACUGGAGCUGACAGAAAAUGCAUGGAGGAAUUUUAUGAUCUUCUGCUUGGUAGGUAGGGCGAUAUAGAAGAGGGGAAAUAUCGGAUGGUAUAAGAUUUUGUAACCCUUGAAUUGAGUGAUUGAUAGACUCCAGCAGAUACUUUCAUUUUUAUUUAUUAACCUAUAUUGGCGAAUGAAAUUAGAUUAGAAUAUAGAAAAUGCUAUUUUAUAUCGUGACAAUAAACAUAACCCGGCAAUUGAAAACCAAUUGUAAAU